UAAAAAGUUUGUUCGAAUCCAGUUCAAAACCUGCUUUGAUGCACAAAUAUUGCCAUUGAUGAUUUUUUUCACUUAUUAAGCCAUAUGUAAGAUAAGCUUUGCCUAUUAGAAUCGAAAGACAUGCCUUGUAUGGAGUCUAAGUGCUGCAUGUAUGAUGUAACCGAGUUUGGCUUUUCUACCUUAAUUCUUGAUGCGAAACGCUGUUACGCAUGGCGCUUUCAACGGCAACUUUUAUGAAUUAAUCUGUGUGUCAUUGUACCGGAACUUUGUGAUCUUUCUCAAAACAGAUUAUACCUGUGGGAAAAGUGCCUUUAAUUUAAAUUUGAAGGGGUUGGGUUCUCUUAAAGGUCACAUAACCCCAAACCGGAACUCCUGUUUUUAGGGUUACAUGCAGUCAGUUUGAUACUUAGCACACAUUGUUGAGUGCAUGCUGCCGAGGAUUUGUAAAAUACAUUGCAAAUGGUUGGUUUUGGUAUCAACUUGAAGGUAUAUUUGUAAGCAAUAAGAAAAUAAGCCAUUUUUGUGCUCUACUUUUUGUGUUGAUGGUUCCCGGCUUCGAAAGUAGGUCAUACUAUUUGAGCCCAAAAUGGUUGUCUGCACAGCUGUCAAAACCGGUUUGCCUAUUCUAAGUUUGUGUAAGACCACAGAACCAGGAAGAUGAUGCGUAGUCUAGAUGGCAUUCACAGAACCAGGAAGAUGAUGCGUAGUCUAGAUGGCAUUCACAGAACCAGGAAGAUGAUGCGUAGUCUAGAUGGCAUUCACAGCACCAGGAAGAUGAUGCGUAGUCUAGAUGGCAUUCACAGCACCAGGAAGAUGAUGCGUAGUCUAGAUGGCAUUCACAGCACCAGGAAGAUGAUGCGUAGUCUAGAUGGCAUUCACAGCACCAGGAAAAUGAUGCGUAGUCUAGAUGGCAUUCACAGAACCAGGAAGAUGAUGCGUAGUCUAGAUGGCAUUCACAGAACCAGGAAGAUGAUGCGUAGUCUAGAUGGCAUUCACAGAACCAGGAAGAUGAUGCGUAGUCUAGAUGGCAUUCACAGUACCAGGAAGAUGAUGCGUAGUCUAGAUGGCAUUCACAGCACCAGGAAGAUGAUGCGUAGUCUAGAUGGCAUUCACAGAACCAGGAAGAUGAUGCGUAGUCUAGAUGGCAUUCACAGUACCAGGAAGAUGAUGCGUAGUCUAGAUGGCAUUCACAGCACCAGGAAGAUGAUGCGUAGUCUAGAUGGCAUUCACAGCACCAGGAAGAUGAUGCGUAGUCUAGAUGGCAUUCACAGCACCAGGAAGAUGAUGCGUAGUCUAGAUGGCAUUCACAGCACCAGGAAGAUGAUGCGUAGUCUAGAUGGCAUUCACAGCACCAGGAAGAUGAUGCGUAGUCUAGAUGACAUUCACAGCACCAGGAAGAUGAUGCGUAGUCUAGAUGGCAUUCACAGAACCAGGAAGAUGAUGCGUAGUCUAGAUGACAUUCACAGAACCAGGAAGAUGAUGCGUAGUCUAGAUGGCAUUCACAGAACCAGGAAGAUGAUGCGUAGUCUAGAUGGCAUUCACAGAACCAGGAAGAUGAUGCGUAGUCUAGAUGGCAUUCACAGAACCAGGAAGAUGAUGCGUAGUCUAGAUGGCAUUCACAGCACCAGGAAGAUGAUGCGUAGUCUAGAUGGCAUUCACAGCACCAGGAAGAUGAUGCGUAGUCUAGAUGGCAUUCACAGAACCAGGAAGAUGAUGCGUAGUCUAGAUGGCAUUCACAGCACCAGGAAGAUGAUGCGUAGUCUAGAUGGCAUUCACAGCACCAGGAAGAUGAUGCGUAGUCUAGAUGGCAUUCACAGCACCAGGAAGAUGAUGCGUAGUCUAGAUGGCAUUCACAGAACCAGGAAGAUGAUGCGUAGUCUAGAUGGCAUUCACAGCACCAGGAAGAUGAUGCGUAGUCUAGAUGGCAUUCACAGCACCAGGAAGAUGAUGCGUAGUCUAGAUGGCAUCCACAGAACCAGGAAGAUGAUGCGUAGUCUAGAUGGCAUCCACAGAACCAGGAAGAUGAUGCGUAGUCUAGAUGGCAUUCACAGAACCAGGAAGAUGAUGCGUAGUCUAGAUGGCAUUCACAGAACCAGGAAGAUGAUGCGUAGUCUAGAUGGCAUUCACAGCACCAGGAAGAUGAUGCGUAGUCUAGAUGGCAUUCACAGCACCAGGAAGAUGAUGCGUAGUCUAGAUGGCAUUCACAGCACCAGGAAGAUGAUGCGUAGUCUAGAUGGCAUUCACAGCACCAGGAAGAUGAUGCGUAGUCUAGAUGGCAUUGUAUUAAGGAAUUACAAAGAGUCUUCCUAAGGGACUUAUUUAAAAAACUUUGUAGACGAUAUAACAAUUUAAUUCUUGAAUUAACUUUACUUAAUUAAAGUACUAUCUUCAAUAGAUGUUCCUGAUAAAUCUGUAUCUAGAAAUGAACCGAGAUAUUUUAAAACUGUAAUUGUAGAUAUUAUUUCCUGGUCAUGCGCGAGUGAUGACAUGAAUAAGUAAAAUUUAGGACUUUGCUUAACUUUCUCUUGGAUCCAAAAAGAAUAAUUCUGUUUUCCCCAAGAUGCAAAGAAAGUAUGUUAUCAAUAAGCAAUUUACUACAAUUUGCUAGUUCUUUGCCUAGAACCUGACUGAUAUAAGAUGGAUCUUUGUGAGAAAACAAAAUGGCACUAUCGUCUGCAUAAAAAAUAAGUUUGCAAAACAAACUCAUGCUUGUGCUCAUAUCAUUUACAUAUUCCAGGAACAAAAAAGGCCCAAAAAUAACUGCCCUGUGAGAAACCGCACACAACCAACCGAAAGUCAGACUUUGCAUCAUUAACUUGAACAGACUGAGUCCUAUCAGACAAAUAUGAGUGGAACUACUCCAUCGACUCCACGCCCAUCUCCAGGAGCUUUUGACAAAUGAUAUCAUGGUCCAUGGUGUCGAAAGCCUUCUGGAGGUCAAGCAUAAUCAUACCCAUGAACAUACUCCUAGAGGUCUGUGCAUGUGAUCUGUAAGAUGGAUAAGGCAGGAGUCGGUACAGUACCUCCCCCUAAACCCACUCUAAUAUUUGUACAAAAUGUUGUUUUUGAUGAAAAAAGACUCCAACUGGUUGCAUACGGCGCUGAAAAAAAUUCAGUUUCUUUGUUUGAGGCCCAAGG